AUGAAGUUCGCAGUCGCCAUGUUGGUUUUCCUGGCCGCGGCCAUUCCCCUGAACGCUUACCAGCUCCCAGCUACGGGAUCCGGAGCUCUGGCCAACGAGAUGCAAGACUUCGUCGACAUACUGCCUGUCGACGAUAUAGUAGCUCUGUCAAAGGCCUAUGCAACCCAAGACGAGCAGUUCCGAGCUGUCAUGGCCUACUUGGGCAACACGGAGACGAAAGAGUGGGUGCAGUUCUUCGAAGCAGAGCCUAAAUUCAUAUCGCUGAUGAACUAUGUACAGAACAACGGUCUCGAUAUUUACUACCUGAUAAACAAGUUGAACGGAGCCCUGCGCAUACCACCGCUUGUCCAGAAGCUCAGAGCCUCACUGACUAUCUCCAAAGUUGAAAUCACUGGUGGACUCGAUGGAUUCCUCUCUGACCUGGGUAGAAUUAUCCCAUUGGAAGAGAUCUUGAAUAUGUUCACCAAGAAGCUGGAACACUCGAAGGUGGUCAAGGAUCUCACACACGAAAUUACAUCUAACGGAUUCCCUGAAUUUUAUUUCUCCAUUUUCAACAACGAGCACUAUAAACGGCUGGUAGACAUGGUUGCUACAGUUGGCGUGGACAGAGAAGUUUUCUUAGCCUAUACACCAUUAUUGCUCUCAACUUUCGUCAUUGUCACGUAA